CAUAGGUAUAUAGCCUAUAUGCGAGUAACACUCCAAAAAAGCUCACGGUGCCGGUGCCCAACUCAUAAGCAAAUUGAAUUUCUUUAGAACCUCUGGAAUCUGGAACCUCUCAUAUGUCAUACGCAAAGUUCGAAUUGCAGUCUGCAGAAGCUCGUUCCAGUAAUGAAUGACCUGUCAUCCCCGGGCCCAGGGCGGCCGCCCCUCUUGCCCUGGCUCAGGGACGGGCCUGUUGCUGCGGCUGAGGCAGCUUCUUAGGAAGUGAUAGUUUUCAAGCAUUCGGGAUGAAGAUUGAUAGGGAAAAACAGAACUCAAUAACAAGUAACUUAGGUAGUCUUGCUCGGAGGUGCAUAUUUGGUGUUCUUUCUGUAGGACCAAUCCCUGAUCAUAUUGCUUUCAUUAUGGAUGGAAAUCGAAGAUAUUCCAAGAAAUACAAUUUCGAAGAAGGGACCGGCCAUAAGUUAGGAUUUAGUGCUCUCACAUCGAUGCUUAAGUAUUGUUAUGAGCUUGAGGUUAAAUACGUAACUGUAUACGCCUUUAGUAUUGAUAAUUUCAAAAGACGCCCUGAGGAAGUUAAAUCUUUGAUGGAGCUUAUACAAGAGAAGAUAGAAUGGUUGGUCAAAGAAGAUAGCAUUGUUAAUCAAUAUGGAGUUAGAGUUCAUUUUGUUGGGGACUUAAAGCUUCUAGAUGACUCUGUAAGGUUUGCUGCUGAAAAAGCUAUGGCAGCUACUGCAGGUAACUCCAAAGCGGUGCUUUCGAUUUGUAUCGCUUACACUUCUACCAACGAGAUUGUCAAUGCUGUUCAACAAUCUUGUGAAGAAAAAUGGGAUGAGCUUAAAAUACUAGAUUCAUGUGGUGCUGCAUAUGGUUUAACUAAUUAUGCUGGUGAUGGGGACACGAAAGAUAAAAACUUUGUUGGUUUGAUGGAUAUCGACAAACAUAUGUUUAUGAAAGUUGCUCCGAGUCCUGAUAUUGUGGUCAGAACAUCUGGUGAAAAUCGUUUGAGCAAUUUUCUUCUGUGGCAGAGUACACACUCCAUUAUUUGUAGCCCCUCCGUGCUUUGGCCUGAGAUCGGUCUGCGCCAUUUAGUUUGGGCUGUCUUGAACUUCCAAAGGAAACAAUCUUGUUCAGGAAAGAAAAUGAAGUAACAACACUAAUGUUGUUUAACUGAGUUUCUUGAGAAAUGGAUCUCACGUUCUCCAAAAGUCUUUUGUGCACAGUGCACUUGUUUUUGAGUUCAUUUUGGGACAUCCAGGUAUAUAUGGUGUUUGAUAGACGAUAGUUUCGAAGUAAACCAAUUGGUGGUAGCUGGAAUUCAUGAAGACGAGUGAACGAUAUACUCACCAUAUUGAUGUAGUGAUAAACAUAGCUUCAUGUGACAUAAUUAGUUUUGUGAAACCAUGGUUGCAGAUUUGCACCUUUGUCACUUUUUUCUUGGUUAAAACUAAUAUUUAGAAACUGUUGUAUUUCAUGUUACUAGACCACGAAAUUGUUGUGCAUAGUUUUUGUACCAUCGUUUACCACCAUUAAUUGUCAAAUAUAUGGUGGAGCUGUAUACUCGAGGGUUAUAUCAAAAUUUAACUUUGGUGAUGAUGCACCAUUAUGAGAA